ACGGAAGCAUUUUCACGUCACACACACACACACACUCUCUCUCUCUCUCUCUCUCUCUCUCUCUCUCUCUUCAGGAGCCCUAAUUCCCACCCAAUCCCUCUCUCUAUAAAACCCCAAUUCUUCCCAAAAUGCGCUGAAAAUCCCGCCAUUCUUUCCAUUAUCUCUUGCUCUCUCGAAGCAUGUCAUUUGAUGGCGCCGGUGAUCGAAGAGAGGAAUCUCAGGCCGGCAACGGCACUGGCAAUGGCUCCGUUGCUGCUCCGAUCCGGUCCACCUACUCCGAUCGACGGCUACGGUUAAAUCCGAACACCGAUCACAAGCCGGAGCGCUAUGAUGACCUCCAAUUGGAGUUUGAUCCAUCAGUCUUCAGCUCGCUGGAGCGGCACCUGCCCCCCAGUAUGCUGGGGGUCCCACGGGACGUGAAGCUGCAGUUCAUGAGGGAGAUUCUCGGACGGUAUCUUCCGGAAGGGGAGCGGACAAGGGUUCAGAGGCAUAGAGAAUACAGACAGAAAAUAAUAUCCAACUAUCAGCCUCUACAUAAAGAACUAUACAAUAUGCACCCUGCAAGCUUCUUCGUCCCAUCAUUUAUUAAAGCAAUCACUGACAAUACAGAGGAGAGUUUCAGGAAUAUAAUGUCUGAACCCUCUCCAGGCGUGUAUGCAUUUGCAAUGCUUCAGCCAAGUUUCUGUGACUUGUUGCUGUCUGAGGUCGAGAAUUUCGAAAAGUGGGUUCAUGAAACCAAAUUCAGAAUCAUGCGACCAAACACUAUGAACAAAUAUGGUGCUGUUCUUGAUGAUUUUGGCCUAGAAGCUAUGCUUGAAAAGCUCAUGGAUGAAUUCAUAUGCCCAAUAUCUAAAGUAUUCUUUCCCGAAGUUGGCGGAUCAUCACUUGAUUCCCAUCAUGGUUUUGUUGUUGAAUAUGGAAGAGAUAGGGAUGUUGAAUUGGGAUUCCAUGUGGACGAUUCAGAAGUUACUUUGAAUGUAUGCUUGGGUAAGCAAUUUUCUGGUGGAGAGCUGUUCUUUCGAGGUAUUCGAUGCGACAAACAUGUGAAUUCACAUACUCAACCUGAGGAAAUCCUAGAUUAUUCUCACGUACCUGGACAAGCUGUGCUUCAUCGUGGUCGUCAUCGGCAUGGAGCUAAAGCAACAACCUCUGGGCAUAGGAUCAAUUUGCUCCUAUGGUGCAGAAGUUCAGUCUUUAGAGAGCUGAAGAAGUAUCAGAAGGAUUUCUCUAGCUGGUGCGGAGAGUGUCAGCGAGAGAAAAAAGAGCGGCAGCGCCAGUCAGUUGCUGCUACCAAACUGGAAAUCCUUAGGAGGGAAGGAGAAUCCAUGAUCUAAUGUUGAUCGCUGUUUUGUAACGUCUGCUGGGUGGUUGUAAAAUAGCAGUGUCAUCCUCACCUAGAGACAUCAAAUGGAAGGAAAUUGUGUUUUAUGCACGCUCUCUCUCUCUCUCUCUCUCUCUCUCUCUCUCUCUAGAAUGGUUAGGGUUCGAAAAGAUGUUAGCAAUAUGCAUGUUAAUUAUUUAGCAGUUAGCAGUCGGCCUAAUAUUAGCAGGAUCCAUCAAAAUAUCCAAUGCCAAUUUGAUGAUGCUUCUUCCACUGUUGUAAAAAAAAAAAAAAAAGAAGCCUCAAUGAUUAAAGUCCUGCCUUUUUUGGUACUGAAAAUUUGUUGAACUUUAGAUACAGCAAUUAGUGCUAAUUUCUUUUUUUUUUUUUUCUGGGUAAUUCGAGCGGCACCCACAAACUCGGUCCAAUCUACUGACCGAUGGUGAGGAGAUGGUGUUUCUCUCCAAAAAAUCUGACCAAAAUACCCCUUGGCAGUCAUUUAUGUCCACAUGUGAUGUUUGUAAUGGUAAGUUGUAUUUAACUAUUUAUGUGGGUAGUCGAUGACUAAUUGGGUAACCAUUCUUUUUCUGUUAUAUGUAUAGAUGAACUCUUGCAUGUAAAGGACGUGAUGAUGAAUGCAAAGACAUGGGUAGAGGGAUUUAUCGGCUUUGGUCCUUUA